AUUAAACUAUUGACUACUACAAAACUAUUAAAAGCUCGGAUACUCAUCAUUAGGUUGGUCGAAACUAAUCUAUUUAUGUUGAACAGUGAGGGGUAAAUCGACUAAAAAUAACGUAUUGAACAUGUUUGUCUCUAGCCAGGUUAAACCCUAUUUUCAGAGACAAACAGAAGUAAAUUAAGUAUUGGCUGCGUUCUUUUAAAACCUCUAGUUAGCACGUGCUCUUUUUUAAUUAAUUGUAAUGGUUGUAGCUAAAUUGUCUUAUCUUCGCUUGUACUAAGUAACAUUUUUUUAUAAUCCAGAUUUUUUAUGAAUAUAUACAUAGGUGAUGACCGUAACCUUCUUAAAUUACAAGUCUACAGUUUGUAUUAAAUAGCAAGAGAGGUAUUCCGAGGGAGAAAGCUUAUCUGAAGACGACUUUAAAUAAAACCAGUAAUCAAAUCAGCGGGUACUUGAAAAAAAAUCACUUUAUUAUUAUUUUCUGAAUGCAGCUAAACAAACCAUAGACUUUUUGGAUAUAGAAUCAGGUGAUCAAUCAAUUUUGAUGGCUGUCAUUAAAAUUCGUCUACUGUCAACAGACUGUGUUUAUCAAAAUAGAAAACAAAAGAUUAAAAAACUAAUUUAUUCAUUUUUCAUGAAGACAUCAAUGAAAAAUGGCUUCAUUCCUAUGCUUUAUUUGCCAUAACACAGUGAACUCGGAUACUAAUGAUGUUACGCGGGAAAAAUACAGGGAAAUCAUUGGUGUUAACUUAUGUCCCGACUCCAACCUGUGUUACGUUUGCCAACACAUGCUGAAUAAACUCUGGUUAUUUAAAUCUGUAUGUUAUAAAAGAAGUUUGGAAUAUCCGGUAUUGUUUAGUGAAAAAGGCACAAUAAAUCUUCAAACCAAUGAAAUACAGACAAUUAUAAUAUGUCCCGAGGACACUUGUCUCCCUGACAACACCCACAGAUACACGGACAACCAAGAUUACAACAUUAAUAAUGAUUACUUAAAACUAGAACAUGAUCACAAUGGAAUGCAAGAUUACUUCCAAAAUGUAACCGUUCAAACUAAAGAUCAAAACGAAGAUCAUUUUGAAAAUGAUCUUAUCAACGAAAUGAAACGCGACUCUGAAAUUGAAAAUGAUCAUUCUUGUGUUGAUUUUGAUAAUGAUAAGUUAGAUGAUGGUAUUGUAAGUGAUAAAUUGGUCGGUAAUCCUGAAAAUGAUUUUGAAAGUAAUAAGCCUGCUGAUCAUUUUGAAAAUGAUCAAGUUGAUGGCUUUGAUUGCGGUGAUGAUGGUUUUGAAUUUGAAGGGAAUGGUGAUGAAGUUAAAGAUGAUGUUAAUUAUGUGUGUUAUGAUGAAGAAAGAAGUGAAUGUUUGACGGAAAUUAAAAAUGAGGAAGCCAUUGAUAAAAGUGAUACAACAAAAAAGAAAUCAAAAUCGAAGAAGAACAAAAACAAAGAAUUUGAGAAGAUAGUACUGACAGCAGAAGAGCAGAAAGCAGAGUUAGAAACGCAGAGAAGGAGCAAGAAGUACGUAGAAGCAGAGUUCAAGUGCUAUAGCUGUGCCCUAGGGUUCCUAUUUAAGGACACUUACCAAGCACACAUGAUGAGGCAUGAAGAGUCCAACGGCGAGUACCUCUGCCGCCUAUGUUCCCUCCGCUUCGCGACUCGCGCCGUGUUGCGCUCUCACAGCGCGCAGCACUCCGUCCUGUACCGCUGCCGCACCUGCAGCCAGGUCAUGAGGAUCCGCCAGACACACACGCACUCACGACACUGCCAGAACAAGGUGUCGGAGGCUACUUGCCAUUUGUGUGGCAGGGUGUUUCAGGACGGUCGUGGUCUACAGCAACAUCUCAAACGGUUUCACAUGACGAAAACGAGUAACAGGACUUAUUCGUGCAACAUCUGUGGACAGACGUAUUCCAAUCAGGCAGCAGUCAGAACACAUAUGAUAAAACACAUCCAUCGUAAGUUCUCGUGCGACCAAUGCCCCUCAACGUUCAGCAGUCCUUACACUCUGACACAGCACAAGAAGAAGCACAGCAUAGAACAGAAGGAACACAUGUGUACCACUUGCGGUAUAGCAUAUUCUAGCAGGAAGAGUCUUCUGGCGCAUAAGAGGAAUUCUAUAAACCAUCAGAAGAGACCCCACGAGUGCCCUGUCUGCAGCCGGGCCUGCCCCAACGCGCGCUCGCUCAGCUCUCACGUGGCCAGCGUGCACUCCUCCAGCAAGGACUACAAGUGUCCCUCCUGCGACGCCAGGUACUCCAACCGCAAGUCUCUGGUCAGACACACUCGGUCACACGACACACCGCCUGUCGUCAAACCAGCUGUGUGCCAUCUCUGUGGGAAUACUUUUAAGGGCAAAAGCAAAUUGAACCGCCAUCUUAAAGAAGUCUGUGAAAAAGACAAAUUAGAAGAAGAACUAUCAUUAUAUUAUAAUCAACAGAAUCCUAUAGAAAAUACUAUUUAAGUUAGCUUCAAAACGUCACUUAAAACUAACAAUUGUAUUGUGCAAACUUAUUCCGUAAAAAAAAAUUGUUUAAGAAGGUUAUUAAAGAACUAGCUUUUCGCCCGCGUCGAUG